CGGCCGUUAGUACCUUCACAGCGGUGGACUGCUCUGCGCUCGGCCUGUUGUCGGCAGCAUGUCGCGAUACGGACGAUACGGUAAUGGGACCAAGGUGUACGUGGGCAACCUGGGCACGGGCGCCGGCAAAGGCGAGCUGGAGAGAGCCUUCAGCUACUACGGGCCGCUGAGAACCGUGUGGAUCGCCAGGAACCCGCCGGGGUUCGCCUUCGUGGAGUUCGAAGACCCGCGGGAUGCCGAGGAUGCUGUGCUGGGCCUUGACGGGAAGAUAAUAUGCGGCUCCAGGGUCAGGGUGGAAGUGUCGACGGGCAUGCCCCGUCGCUCCCGUUACGACAGGCCUCCUGCGCGGCGCCCCUUCGACCCUAACGACAGAUGCUACGAGUGCGGGGAGAAAGGCCACUACGCAUACGACUGUCACCGCUACAGCCGCCGCAGGAGGAGCAGGUCCCGGUCUAGAUCUCGCUCCAGGUCCCGUGGCAGGAGGUAUUCUCGCUCCCGCAGCCGCAGUCGGGGUAGGAGAUCGAGGUCAGCUUCCUACCGCAGGUCUAGAUCAAUCUCUCCUCGUAGGUAUAGAUCGUUCUCGCCCCGCAGAUCUCGUUCUGGUUCUUUAAGGAGAUCAAGGUACUCCAGGUCUAGAUCCAGAUCACGCUCAAGGUCUCGGUCUGUUGUGUGGCCUCGAAGCAGUCGCUCCAAGUCCAGAUCACCAUCUCCAAAGAGAAGCCACUCACCAUCGGGAAGCCCUUGAAGGAGGAGUGCUGGUCCUGAAAGAAUGGAUUCAAACUGCAAAUGUUUCAGAAGAAAAUUUAUUUUGUUUACAUGACUCUGAAGGGAUUUUUUUGUGUGGUGUCUUUAUAAAUGUGAAGGGCUUCACCUGUUGUUAAGGCUGUUUCUAUUGACUAACCAUUGGCAUGAACCCAGACCUUUGACAAGUCUUACAAGUAGACUGAUGCAGACCUUUUCCUUGUGUUCCUGUUGUGUGAUCUUGGAGGUGUUGGGCUUUUUUUAUUGGCUCAUUGAAAUAAACUCUGCAUUUCUAACGAAGAAGCAGGUUGUGGGCACCCUGCUGCUGCUUUUCUGGUGGGUGGCUGAAGCAGGUCACUGAAAAGCAAGAGGCAGUGACCUGGGGACUUAAGAGUGAGCCAGGAGCACCUCUCCUUCCUGCUCCCUGGGCUUGGCCAUUAUGGUGAUCUGGAGCUUGUGGUUGUUACAUUUGUACCUCCUCAGAGCUUAGUGAAGCUGAAAACUGGCUGGAGGUGAUUGUCUGACCUAGAGAAGUGUCUACAAAGGGCAUGAAGAGAUGGAGGAUGAAUGCUCUUCUGCCUGUCCUGGUGGUUAGAAGCUGAGUGAACUUUCCUCACCUGAAGGCAUUUGGAGGAUCUUUGGAGGAUCUUUGGUAUGGGAACUGCUGAAGCCAAGCAAGAGUCCCACAAAUAUUUCUCCUGCUCAUCCAACUAGCACCACAGCUGUGAUAGUUGGGCUAAAGUGA